GUCAGAGCGGACAUCUUGUGGCUGUGUCGUGCGCGUGAGCCCCGUAGGGCCGGGGAGGCACCAGCUGCCGCGCGGGGAGGAGGCCGAGGCCGCAGCGUGAGGGAGGCCCCGGCCCCUCUGCGCCUGUGUCUGGCAGAGCCGGUGUGAGACGAAGAGACAAUCCUUCCCAGCCGUCGGGAUAAUCAAAGAGUUUUGGCCGGACCUUCGAGCACACACCGAGAUAGUGAGGAGCCAGACGAAAAGCACAGACUGUGGCGCGGAAACGGAUUAAUAAGGAACUUGGUGCUUUGGCCCGUGACCCUCCAGCACAAUGUUCUGCAGGUCCAGUUGGGGAUGAUAUGUUUCAUUGGCAAGCCACAAUUAUGGGACCUAAUGACAGCCCAUAUCAAGGCGGUGUAUUCUUUUUCACAAUUCAUUUUCCUACAGACUACCCCUUCAAACCACCUAAGGUUGCAUUUACAACAAGAAUUUAUCAUCCAAAUAUUAACAGUAAUGGCAGCAUUUGUCUCGAUAUUCUAAGAUCACAGUGGUCUCCUGCUUUAACUAUUUCUAAAGUUCUUUUAUCCAUUUGUUCACUGCUAUGUGAUCCAAACCCAGAUGACCCCCUAGUGCCAGAGAUUGCACGGAUCUAUAAAACAGACAGAGAUAAGUACAGCAGAAUAUCUCGGGAAUGGACUCAGAAGUAUGCCAUGUGAUGCUACCUUAAAGUCAGAAUAACCUGCAUUAUAGCUGGAAUAAACUUUAAAUUACUGUUCCUUUUUUGAUUUUCUUAUCCGGCUGCUCCCCUAUCAGACCUCAUCUUUUUUAAUUUUAUUUUUUGUUUACCUCCCUCCAUUCAUUCACAUGCUCAUCUGAGAAGACUUAAGUUCUUCCAGCUUUGGACAAUAACUGCUUUUAGAAACUGUAAAGUAGUUACAAGAGAACAGUUGCCCAAGAUUCAGAAUUUUUAAAAAUAAUGGAGCAUGUGUAUUAUGUGGCCAAUGUCUUCACUCUAACUUGGUUAUGAGACUAAAACCAUUCCUCACUGCUCUAACAUGCUGAAGAAUCAUCUGAGAGGGAGGGAGAUGGAUGCUGAGUUGUCACAUCAAAGGAAGCAGCAUUAUUCUAGCAGCAUCCAUUCUUGUCUAAGCCUUCCACUGUUAGAGAUUUGAGGUUACAUGAUAUACUUUAUGCUCAUAACUGAUGUGGCUGGAGAAUUGGUAUUGAAUUUAUAGCAUCAGCAGAACAGAAAAUGUGAUGUAUUUUAUGCAUGUCAAUAAAGGAAUGACCUGUUCUUGUUCUACAGAGAA